AUGGCUUUCCUCACGAGUCUCGCCCUGCUCCAGGCGAUCCAGCUUGCAACAGCAGCACCAGCACCAGUCUUCGAGAUCUCGAAACGGCAAGAUCCAAGCGGGACAGUCGACGCCUGCAAAGGCAGCGAUUGUGCCGACUGCCCGUUGUACUUCUCGACGGGCACCGGCUACCCUGAGUGCACCUACUACGACACUCAGCAAUUGAAGGAUAAGGGCUAUCCAUCCGACGAGAACGGCAUGGUCGAUGUUUUCUUCUCUGCUCCGCCACUGGUGGACAACACCUUUUUGAUCCAAUUCUGCUGCGGUACUAGCGACUGCACAGCAGCCGGUGCCCCAACCAAGAGAAGUCCCAACCCAGCCAACGCUGGCCUCGGCAAGAGAGGGCUGAGCACAUUGUUGCUCCACGACCGCAACGGUACUGUCAUUGAACCUCAGACAUUCGCGCCCACGGCUGUCAAGGAGCGUACCAUCCAGAAGCGCGAUUGCGGAGGCUUCACCGCAACCAACGGCCCAUAUACCAAAGCCGGUCCAAUCUCCAUCAUCUUGGACGAGGUUACAUGUGGACCCACGGAGUCAUGCUCAGCCACAGAGAGCAAGACCGUCGAGCAGUCGUUCAGUGUCGAUGUCGGUGUAUCUGUCGGCGACCCAUUCGGGAUUAUCAGCGCUUCCAUCGGUAUCACAUGGGAGAAGUCUAUCUCGAGGUCGUUCAGCGCGCAGUACAUGUUCGGCGCUGGCGAGACCGGAUACGUCACCUUCAUCCCGAUUUUGACCUGCGUGGACGGAUACUACACCGGUGACUGCGAUGAUAGCGGCAAGCAAAUCACAGCCUGCGCUGCAAGCAGCAGUGGAGGAGCCAUGGCCGGUGACAUUCGAGGAGUCGUCGUCAGAGGAGCUUGA